AUGUCUUACAGAGGUCCCCUCCUCGAGGCUUACAAUGCCACAAAGGUCGAGUACAGAAAGCUAGGCAGCAGUGGCCUGCGAGUUUCGGUCCCCAUUCUCGGAGCCAUGAGCAUUGGCGACCCGAGUUGGCAUAGCUGGGUCAUCGAUGAGGCAAAGGCUCUUCCGCUCCUCAAAGCUGCUUACGAUCGAGGACUCAAUACGUGGGACACGGCUGACAUUUAUUCCAACGGCAGGUCGGAAGAAAUCAUUGGAAAGUUUAUGCGGGAAUACUCUAUUCCUCGGCACAAGCUUGUGAUUUUGACCAAAUGCUUCGCAUAUAUUGGAGAGGAUUACGCCUACCAGAACGACGACGAGAUGCCCAGGACCAAAGAUUACGUCAACCAUGGAGGCUUAUCCCGUCAGGCUAUCUUCCGAGCUGUCAAUGCUAGCUUGCAACGACUCGGGACCGACUACAUAGAUGUUUUCCAGAUCCAUCGUUUCGAUCCUACAGUACCCAUCGAGGAAACCAUGCAAGCUUUGCAGGACCUGGUUCGAGACGGAAAGGUCAGGUAUAUCGGUGCGUCCUCCAUGUGGGCGACAGAGUUCGCGCGGAUGCAGGCCGUUGCCGAAGUGAAAGGCUUUACCAAGUUUGUCUCAAUGCAGAAUCAUUACAGCCUCCUAUACCGCGAGGAGGAACGCGAGAUGAUCAGAUAUUGCAACGCGACAGGUGUUGGACUCAUCCCUUGGGCGCCGCUUUGUCGUGGACGUCUCGCACGUCCCCUCGACUCGGCUGAAACCGUACGUGGGAAAAGCGACCAGAAAGUCAAAAAUGAUGUGAAGCAGCUGGGUUACACUGAUAUCGACAAGAGCAUCAUUGGCAGAGUCCAGGAGAUCGCUGGAAAGAGGAAUUGGAGCAUGACAGAAGUGGCUUUGGCAUGGAUCAACAGGAGAGUUGCCUCUCCCAUCAUUGGUUUCUCCUCUGUGGAUAGGAUUGACGAGGCACUUGCAGCGAAAGGCAAGCAAUUGACAGCUGAUGAGGAACGAUAUCUGGAGGAGUUGUAUCAAGCAAGGGCAAUUAAUGGGCACGAAUAA